CUGUGCACUAUGACGGCUGCCUUUCUUCAUUUCUUUUUCCUGGCAUCUUUCUGCUGGGUGUUGACGGAGGCGUGGCAAUCCUACCUGGCCGUCAUCGGCAAGAUGAGGAGCCGCCUCAUACGCAAGCGUUUCCUGUGCCUGGGCUGGGGUCUCCCUGCUCUCGUUGUGGCCGUGUCGGUGGGCUUCACCCGGGCGAGAGGCUACGGCACACCCAGCUAUUGCUGGUUAUCUUUAGAAGGGGGUCUCCUCUAUGCGUUUGUGGGUCCUGCAGCGGUCAUCGUUCUGGUAAACAUGCUGAUUGGGAUUGUGGUCUUCAACAAGCUCAUGUCCAGGGACGGCAUCUCAGACAAGUCAAAAAAGCAGCGAGCAGGGGCCUCCCUCUGGAGCUCCUGUGUAGUGCUCCCCCUGCUGGCGCUGACGUGGAUGAGCGCCGUGCUGGCCAUCACAGACCGCCGCUCCACGCUCUUCCAGGUGCUCUUCGCCGUCUUCGACUCCGUCCUGGGCUUCGUCAUCAUCACCGUGCACUGCGCCAUGCGUCGCGAGGUCCAGGAUGCGGUGCGCUGUAGGAUGGGGGGCUGCAAGGACGACAGCGAGAACUCUCCGGACUCCUGCAAGAAUGGCCAGGUGCAGAUCAUGACGGAUUUCGAGAAGGAUGUGGACUUAGCCUGUCAAACGGGUAAGCCUUCGUGUCCCUUUACCUUCCUAUGA